CUUGCUUCAAGUCCCCAUCUCGGUCCUCAGACUCCGUUGUAUUCAACCUUCCUUGGAUCAUUGAAUAACGUUAAAUCUGCUGGACUUGACUGAAGCCUUUGGAUACACGUCGCCCAUUCUUUCGAAAAUUCCAUGCCAUUGGCUUAGUACCGAUACCGAGCGACCUGUUAGAAGUGGAAAACACCACAUCACGGACGACCUCCUUAGAAUCCUCGAGAGGAAUCUCCCGCUCACGUAGGAAGAAAAUGCUUCCCUCUCGCAAUUCGGGCACAUACGACAGAUUAGAGGGCGGCAUGCCCCAAGCUCGGGUGAGCACUAUGCGCUUCGCAGGGUGGAAGAAGUUUGCGCUGGCGACCGUCGUCAUUAUUGGGCUUGUGUACAUUUUUGGCCCGAGCAAGGAGAGAAUCAUGCCGAGCACUAUGCCAUCUGUUGUUUUUCCCGGACACUCCGAUGUCGACAAUAGCUCUCCGAAAGUACCAGAGCCGAUCCCCAUACCGGUCAACGGUGACGAAAUGAUACCAAAACCGCCUUCUUCUCCACCGACUGGACCAGAGAAUGACCCGGAUCUUUCCAAAACCGUACACUGUGUCGCACCAUACAAGCCUACACUCCGUCUUGUCCAGUACGCGCUCAUGAUUGACGCAGGCUCAACCGGCUCGCGCAUCCAUAUCUACAAGUUCAACAACUGCGGGCCAUCCCCCUCGUAUGAGUAUGAGGUAUUCCGUAUGACACAGCCUGGGCUCUCGGCGUAUGCAGGACGGCCACAGGACGCCGCGCAGAGCCUCGACAUGCUUCUGGACGAAGCGGUGAAAAUCGUUCCGGAGGCAUUGCGUCCGUGCACACCUAUUGCGGUGAAGGCAACGGCUGGUCUGCGUUUGCUCGGUGCAGCAGAGAGCGCGGCAAUCUUAGAGGCAGUACGCCAACAUCUGCACCAGAAGUAUCCAUUCAGUCUACAGGAUCCAAAUGGAGUAGUGAUUAUGGAUGGCAAAGACGAGGGCGUGUACGCAUGGAUCACCGCGAACUACUUGCUGAACACGAUCCGGGGCGACUCUGUCGCGGGCACACCGUCGUACGCCGUGCUCGACCUAGGCGGUGCAUCGACGCAGAUCGUCUUCGAGCCUACAUUUGACAGGUCGGACUCGAAGCUGGAGGAGGGAGAGCACAAAUACGACCUCACAUUUGGUGGCAAGAAGCAUGUGCUGUACCAGCAUUCAUACCUUGGCUAUGGCUUGAUGCGUGCACGCCAGAGCGCGCAUCGCAUCGUGGAUUUCAUGGGUUCGCUACGAGGCACAGGGAGCGGCGCCAAUGCGACCAUUGCAAAUCCUUGCCUUGCACAAGGGACGUCGAAGGUCGUGGAGAUCGAGGACGAGCGGUAUGAUGAUGACAGGUUCAGUGUCACUAUGGUUGGCCAGGACGUGGGCUCGUUCGAGGCGUGCAAUCGCGUCGUCGAGCUUGUCAUGGCUAAGGACUCGAUCUGUGAAGUUAAGCCAUGCUCGUUCAAUGGUGUCUACCAGCCUUCGCUUAUGGAUACCUUCCCAUCCGGCAAGAUUUUCCUACUCUCUUACUUCUAUGAUCGCCUUCAGCCAUUCCUCGCAGCUGACCUCACACUUGCCGCCGCACCGCUGCACGUCUCAACCUUCGCUACACUUGCCGAGCGCGUCUGCCUCGGCAAGCCGUCAUGGGAGACGCACUGGGGCGGCAACGCUGACCUCAUGGAGGAGCUCGAGGGCCGUCCCGAGUGGUGCCUCGACCUUACGUUUAUGCAUGCGCUGCUCCGGCUCGGAUAUGAGCUCGGUGGCGAGCGCGAUGUGCAGAUUGGGAAAAAGAUCGAUGGCACGGAGCUUGGGUGGUGUUUGGGUGCAACCCUUGCAAUGGUGGGCGGAGAUUUGAAGUGUAGAGUGUAGGCGGCACGCAGAGCGUGUCCGGCUACGUGUUGUGUGUUUGUGUUUUCAGGAUACUUUAGUACACCUUCGCUUAUAGUGUGCGAGAUAGUGACUGUUUAUCUAGUCAUCAAGGACAGUUCAUGUUGUCUCUCCAAUUCAUACAAUCCGGGUUCUGUUGCGUGCUCUUUAAGACUACAAUCUGAGCAUCCAGCGUUGAAUAUUGAGAUGUGAUAUCUGAGUCGGGGUCAUAUCGCCAUUGAUAUUAUCCUAGACGUAUAGUAUGCACCGGGUACUAGAAAAUUGUAAAGCAAAUAUGC